GCCGCCGUCGCGCUGCGUCACGGCGCCGUGCGUCACCGCCCCUGGCCCCUCCCCCACGGGGGGCCUCCGCGCGUCUGUAUUAGCUUAUAUCGAGAUGACGAACGGCAUGCCAGCCAAUGGGCAGCGAGGGCAGCCCAAAGGGCGGGAGGUGUGCGCCGAGAAAGGCGGUGUCCUGGCCAGGAGGGGAGCGACGGGGCUGAAACGAGGCCCAAGAGGCCCGCCCCCUCCUCAGUGGGAUUGGCUGGGAGUGGGGGUGACGGGCAGUUGGCCAGACCCUGGGCUCGGGCGGAGGGCGGGGAAGGGGAGGGGCGCGCGCGGCGUAGCCAAGGGCAACGGGCCCAGGGGAGGCCGCGAUUGGGCCUCCAGGCCCGCAGGGGGCAGUCUCGCGCCCGUCUCGCUCAGCAGCUGCAAGCCGAGUCACAAUUCCUCAUUCUGCCGUUCCAGAUCCUUCCCGCCCCUCUGCCACGCCCCACCCAGGGCCUUGGCCCGUCAGGGUCCCCGACCAUCCUGGGACAGAGGGUGUGCCCUCAGGCUGCUGGCAUCCAGCGUUCUGCCCCGCCACUCAGAGCCGCUCGCUGUCAGAUGAGACCCUGAUAGGGAGGCGAGAUCACCUUUAGCAUGGAGAGAGAGGAGGCAUAUACCGCGAUCGGCACAAAGGAGGCUGUCAAUAAAUGGGAGUUGUCGCCCUGACUUUCAUUGUAACCCAGUCCAUAAACUGUCCUGGAUCAGGGUGAAUUAAUCGGAAGGGGUCCCGCACUCAGAAGACUCCCGGGUGGCAGAGACAAGACUUGUUACAGGAAUUCAGACCACGGCACUCUCACGGGUGGAGUGUGGAGUUCAAGACGGGGUGUGGUGAGAGGAGAGCGGCGGCCAGAUGUUUGGCCUGUGGAGGGAGUUUGGACUUGCGCUGAAAGCACGAGGGACCCAUGGGAGGGAGUCACGACAGGGAGGGUCCUGGGGAGUUGGGGGUUUUGGAGAUGUCUCUGGACUAUCUAUGGAGGGCAGAAUGAAAGCAGUGGAACUAGAGGCCAGGAAUCCAGGGAGGCUGCUGGGAGGGAGAGGCGGGGGACAGGAGGGUUUGCCCCAGGGCGGGGCUGUGGGGAGGGGAGGAAGUGUAGGUGGGAAGGUCGCCCUGGAGGCGGACUGAACUAGCCCAGAGACUGGCCGGUCUUGGGAGCCAGAGCGAGAGAGGAAAAAUCCGGGACAAAACCUCGGACUGGGAGACAGGGCCUCAGAGAAGUCCAGAGUGGGACGCCCAGCACCAAGGCGCAGAGGCUGCACUACCAAGAGGCCUGACCUUAAGAGAGAAGUUCGGACUGGAGACCACGAUUUAAAGAUCACUGAAGAUGGCUCUCUGCUGGAGGUGCUAGAAGUACAGCAGUCAACAAGGAAGACAAACUCCCUGCCCAGUCCCACACAAUAAAUAAGGAAAUACAAUGUAACUUGCUGAUGAGGACCAUGAGUGGGGGAAGCCAGCUAACAAGAUGUCAUGAUGGGUUCAGAAUUAUUUCAGAUGGAAAAGGCUUCUUUCAUCAGUCGGACUCCCUGGUCGUGUGUGAGGUGGACCCAGCACUGAAGGAAAAGCUGAGGAAAUUCCGCUUCCGAAAAGAGACAGACAAUGCAGCCAUUAUAAUGAAGGUGGACAAAGACCGGCAGAUGGUGGUGCUGGAGGAAGAAUUUCAGGACAUUUCCCCAGAGGAACUUAAAUCGGAGUUGCCAGAGAGACAACCAAGGUUCGUGGUCUACAGCUACAAGUAUGUGCACGAGGAUGGCCGGGUUUCCUACCCUUUGUGUUUCAUCUUCUCCAGCCCUGUGGGCUGUAAGCCUGAACAGCAGAUGAUGUACGCGGGAAGUAAGAACAGGCUCGUGCAGACGGCGGAGCUCACAAAGGUGUUUGAAAUCCGCACCACAGAUGACCUCACUGAGGCCUGGCUUCGAGAGAAGUUGUCUUUUUUUCGUUGACCUCUGAGUCAGGAAUUUGAAUUCCUGAUGUUUGAGUCCCCAAGGGAACUGAAGACUCAGACCCUUAAGAUGAGAACAUCCAAAACCAUAAAGAGAUUAAAAAUGCAAGAACUCAGA